AAGACCCUCCUCCCUUGAGGCUUGAACAUCUAUUCUUCACUUGCCUGCCCUGCAUACGCAUGGCAGAUUCAACACCAUUUCUAACUCGCUCCGACCACUCUCUGGAAUCCAUACUGCCUCCCUCCCUCGACGAAACUAUUGAAAGGUGUAUCGGAAACUUCAAUUGGGCCCAGUUAUUGCAAGCAGUCCUUGUGUCAUUUUCCUGGUUCUUUGAUGGUCAGCAAACCUUCAUCAGUGUCUUCACGGAUGCUGAACCAUCGUGGCACUGCACUAACGCCACCGCUGGAUCACCUUGUAACUCAAUUUCUGAUAUUUGCAGACUUCCCAAGGACACAUGGUCUUGGGACUUUCCGGCCCACACGUCAAUCAUAUCGGAAUGGGGCCUUGAAUGUGCCAGUUCCCUCGUCAAAGGCUUGCCGGCGUCCUCCUUCUUUGCUGGUUGCCUUAUCAGCGGACUGCUGCUUGCUACGCUAGCCGAUUCCUCACUUGGGAGGAAAAACAUGCUCUUCUUCUCAUGUUUGAUGAUGUCUCUGGGUGCUCUGUUAACCGUCCUCUCCCCCAACGUAUGGGUUUAUUCUGUAUUAAGAUUUGUCAAUGGAUUCGGCCGGGGAACGAUUGGGACAAGUGCGAUCGUUUUAUCGACAGAGCUGGUCGGCAAACGUUGGCGCGGCCAGGUGGGUGUCCUCGGUUUUUUCUGUUUCACGUUUGGAUUCUUGUCUUUACCGGCUAUAGCUUACAUAAACGAGGGAUCAUCAUGGAGGACUCUGUAUUUAUGGACCUCUGUUCCGGGGAUUUUCUACUGCAUACUAGUUCUGUUCUUCGUGCACGAGUCUCCACGGUGGCUUUUUAUUCGCGGACGGAAGGAGGAGGCGGUGUCGACGCUCAAAAGCAUGUCGACGGCCGGUGACGGCGUGGCCACAAUGAGCUUUUCCAAUGUGAAAUUGGAACAACAGGGGACAAUGAAUGCAGAUCUGUUUUCCGCCAUCAAGGACCUUGUGGAGAAACCAUGGGCUUUGCGGAGGCUAACGGUGGUCAUGCUCACCGGACUUGGGAUGGGAACUGUGUAUUACGGCAUGCCACUGGGGCUCGGAAAUCUGAAUUUCAAUCUGUACUUGAGCGUCACACUCAAUGCCUUAUCAGAACUACCUGCGUCUCUGGUCACAUUUUUCCUCAUAAAAAAACUUGACAGAAAAAGCUCCAUCAUCGGAUUUACAAUCUUAAGCGGAAUCUGUAGUAUCCUGUGCGUUGUUACGGAGAAAGUUUCCGGUAAUCUGCAGAUGGCGUUGGAAUUGAUUUCUUUCUUCAGCGCAUGCACUGCUUUCGACGUGGGCUUGAUAUAUACAUUAGAGCUGUUUCCAACGUGCGUGAGGAACUCAGCCUUGUCAAUGGUGAGGCAGGCGCUGGUGUUGGGCGGGGUUUUCAGUCCGGUACUGGUGGCUGCCGGGAGGAAAAAUGGGUUAUGGUCGUUCGGGGUUUUUGGUGUGGCGAUUGGACUGUGUGGGCUGCCGGUGCUGAGAUUGCCGGAGACAAAAGGUAGGACACUUUCCGAUACAAUGGAUGAAGAAGAGAACAAAGACAAGAUUACUGCAGCAAUCUUGGCUUGAUAAAUUAGAGUCUCUGCUAUUUUUUAGUUGAGGAAUCCUGAUUCAUAAUUUUGUGAAAAAAGUUGUGUUUGGAAUUAUGCAUGAAUUGGCCUGAUGUUAUAAAUGUGUUUGAAUCAUCGCAAGUGUUUUAGUAGUUAAACAUUUGAGUUUAUAUAUUAAAAAUUUUAAAUUUAAAUAUUAAAAUAAAUAGAAAGGUUUGAGAAGUGAAGUAUUAUUUUUCUUUAUAUUGUCUAUUAUUUAAUGUAUUAAAAAAAUAAAUGUAUUUGGCUCUAUGUAAAUGAUGGUAAUCGAGGAAUGUUGCUUGGCAAUUAGUCUUAGCAUGGAGAAGGCCGGACACUAUUUGAGAAAAUGUAAUAUAAAUUUUGUUUUGUU